GUAUGGCGUUUGGUUCGCUACAAUUCAACGUAAUGGCAAAGGUUUGCGCUAUUUAUUCCCCUGUAUGGAUUCAAAUGAAUUUCCUGCUGAAUACAACAUUACCGUCAAACGUAAAGCAUCCCUGCGAACCCUUUCGAAUUUCGUAAUCAAACGUUCAAUUCAAAGUGACGAGUAUUUUAUGACUGAUUACUUUCCGCCGUCAAUGGUAAUGUCACCCUACCAGUUCGCCCUUGUCCUAUGCGAUUUUCAAUACAAAACGGAGAUCUUUAACGGGACCGUGAGUUUUUGUAUCUGA